AUGCGCAGUGCAACAUAAGAAGAACUAAAAUAGAGAGCCAAGUAAAAUGAAAUCUCUUCAGGAGAGGAAGAAGUGCUUUCAGAUUCAGAUGAAGAGUGCGAUCCAGAAAAUUAUAAUUUUUUAAUGUCUUAAGUUGAUUUGGCAGCAUUAACUUAUGGGAUUGUGUAAGAAGAUCAGAAAGGACAGGAAAUAAACCUAAGAGAGAGAGUUAGCACUCAGUAACUAAAGUAAGAAGUCAAUCAUGUGAACCAGCAUAUUAGUGGAAAUCACUAAAAUAUUACUAGCGUUCCUAAUCCAAUCAAAUUGCUUGUUUCAAAACAAAAGAGAAGAUAUAACUACAACGGAUUUAAUUUAGAUCUAACUUGUAUUACUAUUAACUUAUGAUAGAUAUUACUGAAAAGAUAAUAGCAAUGGGGUUUCCUGCUGAGAAUAUUGAAUCAAUAUAUCGAAACUCAAUGCAGGAUGUAAGGAGGUUUUUUGAUUCUGUUCACCCUGGACACUAUAAGGUGUACAAUCUUUGUGAAGAAAGAAAAUAUGAUCAUUCAAAUUUUAAUCAAGUAGCAGAGUUCCCUUUUUAAGAUCAUUAAGCUCCAACAUUCUCUUUGAUAUAUGAAUUUUGCUUAGAUUUGGUAUGAUUAGUAGUUAUCAAAUAGGAUUAUUGGUUAAAAUUACAUGAAAAGAAUGUGGCUGGAAUACAUUGUAAAGCUGGAAAAGUAAUGAAAUAUUAUAACUAAGGGUCGAACUGGGGUGAUGAUCUGUUGCUACAUGCUAUAUGCUCGUUAAUUUACAAAUGCCUAUGAUUCAAUGAGAUACUAUGGAAUGAUAAGGACAAAAAAUAAGAAAGUAAAAUAAGAGAGUUAUAUUCUUAUAGGGUGUAACAAUUCCAUCUUAAAUUCGAUACAUAUUUUAUUUCGAGAAGGCCCUCAACAACAAAUGGGUGCCAAACGAUAUGCCAAAUAAAUAGGUUGAACUUGUUAAGAUUCGAGUGAUACCAGUCCCAAAUGUAAAUUUCUUCGGUGGUUGUGGUCCUUGGUUUCGUAUUUAGAACAAAGAUAAAGAGUAUUCAUCAAAGAAUUAAUUCUCUGUGAGGGAAUAUAAAUUAGAACCCUACAUAGAAUUUAAAUUAAAAGACAUAAUAUUGCAAGGGGAUGUGAUGUUAUAAUUUUUAAAUUAAGGCUUCUUGUCAAGGUAAAUAUAUACAAAAAUAUUUGAGCAAUCAAAAGUUAUUUUAAGCAUGGUUUAAUUGUGAUUUCUUUGACUACACAGGUAUAUUAAUGAUAGAUAAAUUUAUGCUGGAUAAAGCUUGCAAAGUAUAUUACAUAUAUAUUCAAGGAUAAAUCAGGUAAGACCUUUUAGAAGGACUUUCGUAUUGAGUUACAUGUAGUAGAAGUUAAUCAAGAGAACAAAUCGUUUAAUUCUGUACAUAACAAUAGUAAUUUCUAAAGUACUCAUAAAAAUUUUGGAUUUUGA